UUUGGUGGAACAGGUACGUUAAUACUAUUGAGUGAUGACUUUCUUUAUGGGAAGUUGAAUGGAAAUAGGUGAAGAUUGUGAUUACAGUAAAGUGUAAAUUAGAGUGUUCAUGAAUAUUUUUGUUGGUAAUCUGAACAGUCAAGGAGGUCGCUGAUGGGUGCAAGCUCCAGUCAUCAGAGGCGACACUAGAGAGAUUCGAUGAGGCAAUACAAAAAUUUGCGUUCGGCCACCGUCUUUCCCCUGAACCACCAACAGCUCCGAGUAGGAUCCCGAUGUUGGCAUCCAGGUUUACAGCACGUCCAACAGAAGCCAACAGAAAAAUACCUCACCGUGGGACCCUGGGGAUGGCACCCAAGGUUCCAGCACCACCUUCAGAAGCUGCCCCAGCCCACAGAAAAGGACCUCGCCGUGGGUUCCUGGUGGUAGCACCCAAGUCUCCAGCACCUCCAUCAGAAGCUACCCCACCCAACAAAAACGGACUUCAUCAUGGGACACCGGCGGUGGUGCCCAGAGUUCCAGCACCACCUUCAGAACCCGCCUCAGCCCACAGAAAAGGACCUCGCCGUGGGACCCGGGUGGUGGCACCCAAGUCUCCAGCACCACCCUCAGAUGCUGCCCCGCCCAGCAGAAAAGGACCUCGCAGCGGGACCCUGGCGGUGGCACCCAAGUCUCCAGCACCACCAUCAGAAGCUGCCCCGCCCAGCAGAAAAGGACCUCGCAGCGGGACCCUGGCGGUGGCACCCAAGUCUCCAGCACCUCCAUCAGAAGCUGCCCCGCCCAGCAGAAAAGGACCUCGCAGUGGGACAAAAUGUCCCCCAAUAGAAGACCUCCGGCCUUUGGUUGAUCCUGCAAAGAGCCUGUCCCUCUGCUUCACGCAGCUGACCACAGAUAACUGCACGACACCAUCCAGAACACCUGCAGACCAAACUCCAUGAAGUCUGCCUGGUCCUUACAGAAGCGGUGAACAACCUGCGCUCUGCUGUGGCCUGUUCUGCAAUGAGCACCUUAGCAGAGCUCCAUACCCAACUGGGGAGGGCCAUGGACAAUGAGGCACAGUGGACAGGACGCGUCCUGCUGCUGAAGUUGGCCCAGACAACCAACGCCUUCAUUCACCAGCAGGCUAACCUCGCCCUGGAUGCGCUGGUGGAGGGCUGCAGCACCAGUAAAGUAAUAAGUGUUCUCCUCGACACAGGGUUGAGCCACCGUUGUGUUGCAGUGAGGGGCUGCACAGCCCAGCACCUCCACCAGCUGGCGGACAUCCUCGGAGAGGAGCAGAUCCUGACAGCAGGGAAGACCUUCACACAGACUUUCCUUAUUGCUGUCAGUAAGAUGGCGGUGGAUGCUUCACCAGACGUCAGGCACUACGGGCAAAAGAUGCUCAAAGGACUCGCCCACCAGAAGGGGUUCGCGGCCCUGUGGGAUAGGACCAUCCCAGUGGAAGACAGGCGUCCCUUGGAUAAGAUCUUGAAGAAGAUGGGGCACUAGAAGCGGCGGCGAUGGAAAGACUGGAGGACAUCUGGACAACAUCGGGCUUUGGGCUGGUCCGGAGGUGCAGGGGUUAGCUCUGUUACCUCACAGAAAGGUUGUUGUAAGUAUCCGUCCUUUCUGUGUGGAGUUUGCAUGUUCUCCCCGUGCCAGUGUGGGUUUUCUCCGGGUGCUCCGGUUUCCUCCCACAGUCGUAAAGAUAUGCCGAUUAGGAUCACAGGUUCUCAAUCUUUUUUCAGCCAAGGACCCCUUACACAAUAGAUAAUUUACCGGGGAGGGGCCCUUAUGCAUUUUACUAGGAAUAACUGGACAGAGACAUGUUUUAACACUUCAAUUAAAAUUACCUAAACAAAAUAUAA